AUGUUUAAACUCAAUGACAAUCACUUCAGUAAAGUCAACUGCCCGAACCAUCGAGCUGGUCACACGUGCGAUAUCCUCAACUGUCUUUUCCGCCAUCCGGAACCCGCGUCAGGCGCUACAAAACGAUCCAUAAAUGACGAAGAAACGGGUUUUAGUGACAACAAACGUCAAAACGUAUCCACCUCCGACGAUGUGCUCGUGAUAUUACCCCGACCAGUUACCCACAUUGAAAUCCCGCGUCCCGAACGAGUCGUCAAUAUCAAACGUAUUGCUAACACCCUCACCACCGCAACUCCACAAAGAGAUGCCAUUGCUAAAGAACUCGAGAUUGCAGGCCAGUCCGAGUCACAUGAUCAGUACACCCAGAAAGUUGACUUGUUGUUGAACCCCGACAAACCAGUUCCACAGGACCCCGAAUUUGUGCUUCCCAAGCAUAUGAUAUCACCUCCAGCAACCAUUCAGGUCCGCAAACAGAACAUUUUGGAGUUGGUGAAAGCCAUCACCCAGAUGAACCCGACAUUCGAGACCCCUAAACUCAAGGCCAUCGACCUUGAGUUUAGUAUCGCAUCGUCCACAUCGAAGCACACGUAUAUGCACAGCAUCAAGCGGAAGAUAUAUGAGAUCAAGAAUCCUGCGAAGUUGCAAACACGCACCAAGGAAUUAACGGAUGACGACUGGUAUCGAGAGCUUGCAGCCCUUGUGAUCUCACUCGACACCCUCAAGAAGUACGGAUACAUCACUGAACCUCCCGAACCACAAACACCUGCUGCUACACAAAAGUGUAGAAGGUGCGGGCAUGAGUUUGAACUCGCCAAACAGAUGACACCCAUCCACUGUGCGUACCACUCGGGGAAGUCUGCCAAGCGAGAUAGGAAACGGGUGUACGGGUGCUGUGGUGCCGAGGUGGGAGAUAAUGAGAGCUCACCGUGUACAUCGUCGAGCCACCAUGUUUUUGGGUGGGAAACCGCCGGUGAGAAGCACCAUUUCUUACCAUUCCAAUACACCCACGAUAUUUACAAACCUAGUCCCACCGCGUAUAAAGCCAUUGGGAUCGACUGUGAGAUGGGCUACACGACUCAGGGGUUCGAGCUUUUGCGGAUCACUGCCAUGGAUUUUUUUUCGGGUGAAGAAGUAUUGGAUGUGCUCGUCAAGCCGCUUGGGGAGGUGGUGGAUUUAAACACCAGAUGGUCAGGAAUCGCCGAAAUCAAGGCCGAUGCUCUUAGUUUCGCCGAUCUGGUCAGAACCGUGGGUGAGAUAAUGGAUCCCAACACGAUCUUGAUCGGACAUGGGCUUGAAAAUGAUUUGAAUGCCAUGAGGCUCAUCCACCAUCGAGUGGUGGACACAGCUAUUUUGUAUCCCAAGCUCCAGACGCUGCCCACGUUUCGGUUCCCCCUCAAGUACCUCACUUUCAAGUACUUGGGACGUAAGAUCCAGGGCGGUGAACAUGAUAGUGGUGAAGAUGCGUUGGCAGCCAUUGACGUGGUUAAAUACUUUAUCAAGAAGGACUAUAGGUAA